UGCACCGAAACGCGUGCGAGCGUACACGGGGGCCUACGCCUACGGGGCGCGUCGCGGGGCGCAUUGUUCCGCGCACGUCUCACGCGACGACACACGUCCUCCGUCCGCAGCCACCGUCUCGGCCACGCGCGUUUCGCCCGACCGAUCGUGUCCCGUAAAACGUUCCGGUACGGCACACCGCGGGCACGGCCGCCGUUCUCGUUCCGUUCCCGACAUUUUUUUCCCCGCCAACCGUUCCGAAACGACGUCCGCCGGACCGCCCCUGCGCCGUCACACGAGAGCCGGAUCAGCUCUCGUCCCGUCCUCCGAACCGCGUUCCAAUAAUCAGUCAAGAUUCCAUUCUCAACGUUCAAACAGUCUUUCACCACCAAUGUCAACUACCUGAAACGAAGGUUCUCCUCAGGAGACCUAUCAGCGGAAGCGGACGAUGCCGACCCGUCGAUGGCUCCCCCGGACCAGCAACAGCCGUCCGCGGGGAUGCAAUCGCAGCAGCGUGCCCAGCAGCGGCAGUACGCGUCCAAAACUUCGCGGUCACAAGCUGCUACGCCCGCGUCCGAAGCUGCGGACAUGCGACUGGAGUUCCAGCAGCAGCAGCAGUACCAGCAGCAGCAGCCGAGUAGCCGGACCAUUAGCGCACCGACCAGCCCAGCCAAGACGAGGGAUUCGAUCCUACAACGUGUCCAAUCGUUGACGGACGCGGCUAAGGAAAAGGCCAAUUCCAUAAGCAACGACAUCAAGUACGCGGCAGCUACACGACGGCAGCAGAGAGUGAACAAAGAUCGCUUGUUAACGUUACUCGUGGUCGACGACGAGAACUUUGACUGGUCCAGGUACUUCCGAGGCAAACGUUUCUUUGGCGAUUUCGAAAUACACGUUGAACAGGCGGACAUCAAGGACUUGACGGUGACCGCGAGCGCGGACAAAGGAUGCACCGUCAGCAUGGUGGUACUGUCUCCUUCCGGUUCCCGCGUGAUCCGUUCCUUCAGACCGGACUUUUUCCUUUGCCGGCAAAGCGUCAGGGACGCCGGCAAGGAUUACAGGAACGUUCUGCUGGGACUGAACAUCGGCGGUGUGCCCAGCAUCAAUUCGUUAAACUCGCUGUACAACUUCCAGGACAAACCGUGGGUGUACGGGCAAUUGGUGCAGCUCCAAAAAAAGUUGGGCAAAGAAAACUUUCCGCUUAUCGAGCAAACGUUCUAUCCGACUUCCGGCGAGAUGUCGGUGGCCACACAACUGCCAGUGGUGCUCAAAGUCGGACACGCUCACGGCGGCGUGGGCAAGAUAAAAAUAGAGAACAAUUCCGACUUCCAGGACAUGGCAUCUAUCGUGUCCGUAGCGUCGACGUACUGCACCACGGAACCGUUCGUGGACAGCAAGUACGAUCUGCAUCUGACCAAAAUCGGCGUCCAUUAUCGGGCUUUGAUGCGUAAAAGCGUUUCGGGCAAUUGGAAAUCGUGCGUCGGCUCGGCGAUGCUGGAAGAAACCGAAGUGCUGGAGAGAUACAAGUUCUGGCUGGACUCUGUGGCUGAACUCUUCGGUGGCUUGGACAUUCUGGCGCUGGAGGUGGUCGUGUCCAAAGACGGGAUCGAGCACAUAAUCGGUGUCAACGAUUCGGCACUGUCGUUGUUGGGCAACCAGCAAGAAGAGGACAGGAAACACAUUUUCGACUUGAUCGUGGAGAGAUUAGAAACUCAAGUUUUGGCAAACAUGGCCACUCAACCGUUGGGUGUGACCACGCAAGAAGAAGAACCACCAGCAAUUCCGGCCAGAAGGGAUUCUUUAGUUUCGGAGAGCAGCGUGACCAGCAGCCAUCAGUCUAGCCAACCCCCGAAAGCGAAUCUGAGUCGUCAAGGAUCGGUGGUCGCAGCUCCGGCUCAGACGCAGCAAAACAAAGGGACAUUGGAUGACACCGAGGACACUAUGAAAAAUUUGAGAAAAACGUUUGCGGGAAUAUUCGGAGAGAUGUAAACGGAGGAGGAAAUGGAAAAAAAAAAUAAAAAAAGAUAAAAGAAAAAAAAA